GUGAAUGAACAUUUCAUAGCACUAACCAAAACGUUUAAAAAAAGAAAGAAAGAAUAAUCGUAACAAAUUGCCCCAUUUGCUGCAAUCCACAUCUGAUCUCAAGCAAAACUCCAGCUCCCAUCUUCCUGCAAUUAGUGCAACCCAUGAUUUCUAUGAUUUUUAUCCGGCAAUUCACAGGGUAAAGGAAACUCUGGAUGAGUAAACAAUUGUCAGAUGUGAAGUUGCAGAGCUGAGGGGGACUUGUGAUUGUUUCAUGGGCAACACAUGCCGUGGAUCUUUGGGAGGCAAGCAUUUUCAGGGCUACACACAGCCCGAAGAUCAUUCCAUUUCCAAAUGCAACCCGUCUUCUGGCUGUUCUAAAUCACACUCUGAUAAUAUAUCUUCACCUACAAGGCUACCUUCUUACCAGAACCAAGAUAUUGCCAAGGAUACCCAACCCAACUCAAGCAAAGACCAACUCAUCCCUAUCAUUUGUCCCGGAAAGGAAAAAAUGCACCGCUCUACCAAUAACCAAGCUUAUCAUGUGCUAGGUCAUAAGACUGCUAACAUUCGUGAUCUGUACAUGCUGGGCCGUAAGUUGGGCCAAGGUCAGUUUGGCACCACUUAUUUGUGCACUGAGAUAUCCUCUGGCAUUGAGUAUGCUUGUAAGUCAAUAUCAAAAAGAAAGUUGAUCUCGAAAGAAGACUUAGAAGAUGUGCAGAGGGAAAUACAGAUAAUGCACCAUUUGGCUGGUCACAAAAACAUUGUCACUAUCAAGGGGGCAUAUGAAGACGCUUUAUAUGUUCAUAUUGUGAUGGAACUUUGUAACGGUGGAGAGUUGUUCGACCGUAUUAUUCAUCGAGGGCACUAUAGUGAGAGAAAGGCGGCUGAAUUGAUUAAGAUUGUUGUUGGGGUUGUCGAGUCAUGUCACUCACUUGGGGUUAUGCAUAGAGAUCUCAAACCAGAGAACUUCUUGUUGGUUAACAAGGAUGAUGAUUUCUCUCUAAAAGCAAUUGAUUUUGGGCUCUCAGUCUUUUUCAAACCAGGUCAAAUUUUCACUGAUGUCGUUGGAAGCCCAUAUUAUGUUGCUCCUGAGGUGCUUUUGAAGCAUUAUGGUCCAGAAGCAGAUGUCUGGACAGCAGGCGUCAUACUCUACAUUUUGCUAAGUGGUGUACCUCCUUUUUGGGCUGAAACACAGCAGGGUAUUUUUGAUGCUGUGUUGAAAGGACACAUUGAUUUUGAGUCGGACCCUUGGCCCUUAAUAUCAGAUAGUGCAAAGGAUCUAAUCAGGAAGAUGUUAUGCAUGCGUCCAUCUGAGCGCUUAACUGCUCAUGAAGUAUUAUGCCAUCCUUGGAUUUGUGAAAAUGGGGUUGCCCCUGAUAGGGCAUUAGAUCCAGCUGUACUCUCUCGCCUCAAACAGUUUUCAGCAAUGAACAAAUUGAAGAAGAUGGCCUUGCGGGUAAUUGCUGAAAGCUUGUCAGAAGAGGAGAUUGCUGGGUUAAGAGAGAUGUUUAAGGCCAUGGAUACUGAUAAUAGUGGUGCAAUUACAUUUGAUGAACUCAAAGCUGGCUUAAGAAAAUAUGGAUCUACUUUAAAGGAUACAGAGAUUCGAGAACUAAUGGAUGCGGCGGAUGUGGAUAACAGUGGGACCAUUGAUUAUGGAGAAUUCAUAGCUGCUACUAUUCACCUUAACAAACUAGAACGUGAGGAACAUCUGAUGGCCGCGUUCCAAUAUUUUGACAAGGAUGGGAGUGGAUAUAUUACAGUUGAUGAGCUCCAACAAGCUUGUGUCGAACAUAAUAUCACAGAUGUUUUCUAUGAAGAUAUUAUCAGAGAAGUGGAUCAGGACAAUGAUGGAAGGAUUGAUUAUGGGGAGUUUGUUGCUAUGAUGACAAAAGGAAAUGCAGGCAUUGGAAGGCGAACUAUGAGAAACAGUCUAAAUAUAAGCAUGAGAGAUGUACCAGGAGCUCAUUAGCUUUUUUUGUCAGAUGCAAGUUUAGAAGUAGUUUUUCUCCAAAGUCUUUUGUUGCUGGAAAUCAAACUGUAAUAUGUUUGGCAUAUCAGAAAAAGAAAAUUCCAGUGGUUGGUUCCAAGUGUGGAUGAUUUGAUUUGGUCGGUCAGCAAGGGGUCUUAAUUCGAGAGCAUUCAGCAUGGAGUUUGUUUUGAUAUCUGUUGAAUGGGAUUACGUUUAGGCUGUACAGAAAUGAAAGCAGGUGUGAUUGACGAGAAGUGCUUGGAAUUGGAAUGAACGAUCUGAGAGAGGGGCAAUGCAUGUAAUACUUGUCUUCAUCUGUGUCAGUGGCUGCGUACGUGAAGAUAUGUAUAUUUUGUUGUGGAAAAUUGUUAUAGGUGGUACGUUCUUCAAAGUAGCUGCUAUUAGUUUGUUUGUUUCCCAAGUAAUUGUUUCUUCAUAUGUGACUGAGGCGUGUGCUUACUUGGAAAUGGUGUUGGUUUCAUGUGUUUUGAAAUGACAGAGUAUUUUUUACUGCAUUAUUAUUAUGUAAGAAAAACAGUAUUUUGAA